UCUACAGUAUCUGUAGGCUAUGACUGGUUGGCUCACUAGAGUAGAGGCUGCACAACAAACACGUCAAGAGAAAAUGACUCUUAUUCUCAAACUUACCGGAUGGUUUGAAAUGUGUUAUUACUACUACUUGCAGUUCUUUUUAUAGCAUUUGUUUGCUACUUACUUUACAUAAAACAUGUUCAUCGAAAGUACGAUCAUAUCCCAGGACCACCAAGAGAUAACUUCCUACUUGGACAUUUGCCAACUAUAUUGGCAGAGACCAGAACCCCUGGCCGUCAUAUCAAUCAAAGAUUUUUAGAAUGGACUGACAAGUAUGGCCCUGUUUGCAGAGUGAACAGCCUGCAUAGUGUAUUUUUCAUUGUUUCUUGUCCUGAGGCAACCAAGGAAUUCUUAAUGUCACCGAAGUAUCCCAAAGACCCUUUUGUGUACAAACGCCUUUUCUCCUUAUUUGGUAGAAGAUUCCUUGGAAAUGGCCUGGUGACCGCCAUGAACCAUGAUAUGUGGUACAAGCAGCGCAGAAUCAUGGAUCCUGCAUUUAGUAGUGUAUACUUACGGGGUCUGAUGUCUACGUUCAACGAGAGAGCGGAGCGCCUGAUGACCAAACUGGAUGAGUAUGCUGAGAGCCAGCAGGCUGCACACAUGCACAAGCUUGUCAACUCCUUCACCCUUGAUGUGAUCACAAAGGUUGCUUUUGGAGUUGACUUAGACUUGCUCAACGUCAUGGACUCCAAAUUCCCACAAGCCAUCGAGUUAUGUCUUAAGGGCAUGGUGUAUUACAUCCGAGAUCCAAUCUUUCAGUAUUGGUACAAGAACAGGCAGGUGGUGCGGGAGAUCAGGGAAGCUGCACAGCUUCUCCGUGAUACAGGAGCUGCCUGGAUAAACGAGAGAAGAAGGGCUAUACAGGCUGGAGACGAUGUGCCUAUGGACAUUCUAACACAGAUUCUCAAAUCCGCAGAGGAAAACAAAGAUGAUGAUGAUGAAGAAAUCAUGCUCGACAACUUUGUCACAUUUUUCAUAGCAGGCCAAGAAACAACGGCUAAUCAGCUGUCAUUUGCCAUCAUGGAACUUGGAAGACAUCCUGAGAUACUACAGAGGCUGAAGGAGGAAGUGGAUGAAGUCCUUGGGAUGAAACAGGAAAUCAGCUAUGAGGACCUAGGAAAUCUCACCUAUUUAACCCAGGUGCUGAAAGAGACUCUGAGGUUAUACCCAACUGCUCCUGGCACCUCUCGCUGGCUGGUAGAGGACACGGUCAUUAAUGGCAUUAAGGUCCCAGCAGGAUGUAGUGUUAUAUUAAGUUCGUAUGUGAGUUCAAGGUUGGACAAAUUCUUCAAAGAUCCAGAGAGAUUCGAUCCAGAGAGAUUUAACUUGAAUGCUCCCAAGCCUUAUUUUUGCUACUAUCCCUUUGCUUUGGGUCCACGGUCCUGCCUCGGGCAAAAUUUUUCCCAGAUGGAGGCAAAGGUCGCAUUGGCUAAACUGCUGCAGAGAUUUGACUUCAGCCUGGUGCCCGGGCAGUCUUUUGCCAUCCUGGACACUGGGACACUGCGCCCGGAGGGCGGGGUGAUAUGCACCAUCAAACACUGCGGCAGUGCAUGACCCUCCAAGCCUGGACAAACACUGCGGCAGUGCAUGACCCUCCAAGCCUGGACAAACACUGUCUUGACAGACUGGCAGGCUGUUGUGGAAUUAUUAUAUAUAUAUAUAGAUAGAUAGAUAGAUAGAUACUUUAUUAAUCCCCAAGGGGAAAUUCAAGAUACAUAUAAUUUUAUAUGUAUUCAAGAUAUAUAUAUAAUUUUUAAUAGAUUGACACAUACAAUGAUGUAUUUAAUUAUUGAAAUAUUUAUUAACACAUUGACACAUAAUAUGAAAGCUAGAUUGAUGAUAUGUGUAAUUAAAGAUUUAGAAAUGGAAUAUACAAUGUAAAAUAAAUGUAAUUAAAGAUG